AUGAAGGAUUUGGGGGAAUUGAAGUACUUUCUUGGUAUAAAAUUUUCUACGUCCAAAGAGGGAAUCUUAAUGCAUCAAAGGAAAUACUCACUAGAGCUAAUCUCAGAACUUGGACUCUCAACUUCUAAACCAGCUUACACUCCAAUUCACACCAACUUAAAGUUGAAAACGAAGGAAUGUGAUGAUCACUUAAAGGUCAGCUGCAUAGAAGAUCCUCUAUUACCAAACCUAUGGCUAUAUCAGAGACUCAUAGGGAGGCUAUUAUACUUGACAGUCACAAGACCUGAUAUUGGCUUUAGUGGACAAACACUUAGCCAAUAUCUGCAACAUCCGAAUAAAUCACACAUGGAAGCUGCUCUAAAGAUUGUUAGAUAUAUCAAGUCACAGUCUGGAAAAGGGAUUUUCAUUUCCAGUAAUCCUAUUCAGAAGAUGACUGCCUUUUGUGAUGCUUAUUAG